GUCGGCAUGAUUAUUUGUAACCACAAUCCGUCUAAACAACGGUCACAUCGGCUUCCCUCCCGCCCCCACCGUGGUGCGGUACUCCGGUGGUAUCUGGAUGCUCGCCGGCUGAACAACAGCGGCGCGAAGAUCUUGUGCUGUGGCCGUGGAUCCCGCAGGGACUGACGGACUGUGGAGAUAGGCCGGUAGGAGUGUAGGACCAAGUGGGUGUUCGAUGGGGCAGAGGCGCAGAGCGGCACGGGCGAUCACGCGAUCGGCCGCCUUUGCGGCCGCGCACGUGACUCCCGUGCGAUCGCCGCGCUGCCGUGCCGCCUGGUUGUGCCUCCUCCUGUUCGGCUUCGGCCGUUCCCUGCUUGAUCUCGACUUGCUGUAGCGGUUUACAGUUACGUGUGCCUCCAUUAGCUAAAGGCCAAACGGCUCCGCAUCGCGCGGUGGGUGUGUCUUACAGGUAGGGACGCUAAGAGGUGGCCCGCGGGUCAGAGUCGCUGGUGAAGUGGGGUUAGUGGGGGCGGGUAUGUAAUCAUCGCAGGGUUAAAGGGCCAUUUGGGUGUGGUUUAUUAUUACCACGAGGGGAGGGGAGCUCGAGCUCGCUGCUAGUGCUAAUGGCGGAGAGCGAUGGUGGCAGCGAGGCGCAGAGUCCGAGCCCUGAUCCAAGGUCCGGGGACGGGGCGAACCCUGACCCGCGCCCGCCGCGGCCGCAGCUCACCAAGUCGCGCACCAUCUCUGGUUCUGUUGCAGCCUCCAUAUUGGCCGCUGAUAGGGUAGCAGGAGGAGGAGGCGGAAGCGGCGGAGGCGGUCUAAGGGACAGCAUCCUCGUUCGCCGCUCCUCCACGGCGCCCCUCCCGCCGUAUACGGCGUCAGCGGCGGGGGCGUCCUCGGCGCCGCGGCGGCUCACCGUCGCCGUGGACGACCCCUCCUACGCGGCACCCAACGGCGGCGUGCUUGACCGGGACUGGUGCUACCCGUCGUUCCUAGGUCCGCACGCCUCGCGCCCCCGCCCGCCGCGGCAGCAGCAGACCGCGACGACUACCGAACGCCGAAGCGCUAACCCCACCGUGCCGGUGCCGCCGAGGGUGGCGGUGUCGCAGCGGGAGGAGGAGAAGAGCCUGGCCUCCGUGGUGAAGCGCCCGGCGCUGCUUGAGGAGCGGAGGACGCCUCCUCCUACGCUCCCGCCCCCACGCGCUCCGCGAUUUGAUCUCUCUCCGUAUCUCUCACUCCUGCUGGUCAUAACUAUCGCAAGCUCUACCCUCGCUGUUUGGCAAUGGAUAAAAGUUAUGGGCCUCCAGGAAAAGAUCAGAUCAUGCAGCGAGGCCAAUGCUGGGGACCGUGAUGGUACCGAGAAGGUGUCUUGGAUUGACAGGGACCAUGGCUCUGCUUUUUUUGGUUCGCGGAGAUGGAAUUUAGCUCAAUCUAGUACCAUCUUUGCUCUUGCAAUUCCUUUGUUUCUGUUUAAGUACAUUGAUCUGCUCCGACGCAGACAAACAAAUUCCAUGAGAGGAAGAAGUGGUGAGGAAGAAGUACCUCUCAAGAAGAGGAUCGCCUACAAAGUUGAUGUGUUCUUCUCAGGACACCCAUAUGCCAAGCUUCUUGCCCUCCUAUUAGCCACCAUAAUUCUCAUUGCUUUGGGUGGAAUUGCGCUGUAUGUUGUUAGUGGAAGUGGAUUCCUGGAGGCUCUCUGGCUUUCCUGGACUUUUGUGGCAGAUUCUGGAAACCAUGCCGACCAGAUUGGCUUGGGGCCGAGGAUUGUAUCCGUGUCAAUUAGCUCUGGAGGCAUGCUGGUGUUUGCCACAAUGCUUGGGCUUGUGUCAGAUGCAAUAUCAGAGAAGGUGGAUUCUUGGCGCAAGGGAAAAAGUGAGGUGAUAGAGAUCAACCACAUACUAAUCCUCGGAUGGAGUGAUAAGCUGGGCUCUCUUCUGAAGCAGCUAGCUAUAGCAAACAAGAGUAUUGGUGGUGGUGUAGUUGUUGUUCUAGCUGAAAGGGACAAGGAAGAGAUGGAGAUGGACAUAGCAAAGUUAGAAUUUGACUUCAUGGGAACAUCUGUAAUAUGCAGGAGUGGCAGUCCUCUAAUUCUAGCAGACUUGAAGAAGGUUUCUGUUUCUAAAGCACGGGCCAUUAUUGUUUUAGCAUCUGAUGAAAACGCAGACCAAAGUGAUGCACGGGCAUUGCGUGUUGUGCUGAGUCUGACUGGAGUCAAGGAGGGUCUAAGAGGCCAUGUUGUUGUAGAGAUGAGUGAUCUUGAUAAUGAACCUUUAGUGAAACUGGUUGGUGGUGAACUAAUUGAAACAGUUGUUGCCCAUGACGUGAUUGGACGUCUGAUGAUACAAUGUGCACUCCAACCUGGCCUUGCACAGAUAUGGGAAGACAUAUUGGGAUUUGAAAAUGCAGAGUUUUAUAUUAAGCAAUGGCCAGAAUUGGAUGGCAUGCGGUUUGGGGAUGUGUUGAUCUCAUUUCCUGAUGCCGUACCUUGUGGAGUCAAGGUUGCUUCAAAAUCUGGAAAGAUCUUGAUGAAUCCUGAUGAUGGUUAUGUUUUAAGAGAAGGAGAUGAGGUCCUUGUUAUUGCAGAAGAUGAUGAUACUUAUGCUCCUGCCCCUCUACCAGAGGUGAAUAAGGGUUUUCUGCCUAACAUACCAACCCCUCCCAAAUAUCCAGAGAAAAUUUUGUUCUGUGGUUGGCGCCGUGACAUCCAUGAUAUGAUAAUGGUUCUGGAAGCAUUUCUUGCUCCAGGUUCUGAAUUAUGGAUGUUCAAUGAAGUGCCGGAGAAGGAGAGGGAGAUAAAACUGACUGACGGUGGUUUGGAUAUAGGCGGGUUAAUAAACAUUAAACUUGUACAUAAAGAAGGCAAUGCUGUUAUCAGGCGACACUUGGAAAGCUUGCCUCUGGAGACAUUUGACUCUAUUUUAAUUCUUGCAGAUGAGUCAGUAGAGGACUCCAUUGUACAUUCUGAUUCGCGUUCUUUGGCCACACUUCUUCUUAUUCGUGACAUUCAGUCUAAGCGUCUCCCAUCGAAGGAGCUGAAGUCACCUCAUCGUUACAAUGGCUUCUCUCACAGUGCCUGGAUUAGAGAAAUGCAACAUGCAUCAGACAAAUCUAUAAUCAUCAGCGAAAUACUUGAUUCUAGAACAAGAAACCUUGUAUCUGUCUCCAAAAUCAGCGAUUAUGUUCUAUCAAAUGAGCUUGUAAGUAUGGCACUAGCAAUGGUAGCGGAAGACAAACAAAUAAACAGAGUUCUUGAAGAACUUUUUGCUGAGGAGGGAAAUGAGAUGUGCAUUCGGUCUGCUGAAUUUUACCUUUAUGAGCAAGAGGAAUUGAGUUUCUUUGAUAUUAUGGUUAGGGCGCGUGAGAGAGAUGAGAUUGUGAUUGGCUACCGUCUUGCUAACACCGACCAGGCUAUCAUUAACCCAGAAUAUAAGUCUCAGAUUAGGAAGUGGUCACUAGAUGAUGUCUUUGUUGUCAUCUCAAAAGGUGACUAAUUUUCAGGAGCGUCACUUUUUUGUGUAAGUGUAUAUUCUAAUGCUAAUCCGUGCUAAUUGAAAUGAUAACCGGUCAAACAUACUGUAAAGUACAGUCCUGAUCCAAACAGUCAGCUAUGUACAUGUUAAAUUGUAGCAUUCAACCAAUCUUGGCACAAAACAAUUCCCUGUCCGCGACUGAAAAUUUGCUAAAUUUGUCGUAGCAAAUGAUACUACCUCCGUUCCCGAAUAUUUGUCGUCCGCUUGCUUAUUUUUAAACUAAAAUGCAACAAAUAAAAAAGAACGGAGGGAGUACAAUAAAGCACUUUGGAAGAGGUAACUUGUACUCCUUUGAAUUUCACAUUAAUUAUCAAAUUCCAAUGCAGUUAAUGGUGUAGACAUGCAGCUGUCCUAUUGAGCCUACAUGCGGUUAGUGCUGCACCCUCGUUUUUCUUUCAGUAGUUGUCGAAUCGGAAUCAGAAUAGUUCCAUUAUGCGUCUGAUGCAGAUUGUGCAGAUUGUUAUCGUCAGACACACCUAGAUAUUGGCAGUGUUGAUGUGUAAUAUUUUGAGAGCAGCAUAUGAUGCUAUACCUUACGUGGAAAUAUAUGUUGCAGUUUCAUGGCA